AGUUUAGGCGGUUGUCAGGGUGAAGCAAGAUGGCGACCGCGACGGAAGAAGAUACCGAGCUGAGAGACCUCCUCGUGCAGACUCUGGAGACGACUGGGGUGCUAAAUAAAAUCAAGGCAGAAUUGCGGGCAGCUGUGUUUUUAGCACUAGAAGAGCAAGAAAAAGUAGAGAACAAAACUCCUCUGGUAAAUGAAAGUUUGAAAAAGUUUCUAAAUACAAAAGAUGGUCGAUUGGUGGCUAGUCUUGUUGCUGAAUUUCUUCAGUUCUUCAAUCUUGAUUUUACUUUGGCUGUUUUUCAGCCUGAAUCAAGCACAUUAAAUGCACUUGAGGCUCGGGAGAAUUUAGCACAAGACUUGGGAAUUGUAGAAGCUAAAACUACAGUAGAUGGGCCCUUACUGCUGGAAGUGGUCAGAAGAUGUCAGCAGAAGAAAGGAAUUUCUAACAGUGGACACGUAGCACCAGUAAUAUCUGAGAGUGUACAUUCUCCUCCAAAAUCGUCAGAUGGAAGGUCUAACAUACACCCAUUGCCAAGUAAGAUACCAAGGUAUAAAGGACAUCGUAAACAGAAAAGGUGCUUGGACACGGCUGAGCAGGUUAGUGAAACCAGUCAUAAUGAUACAAGCAUCUCGUCUGGAGACGCAAAGAGCAAAGGCAGCAUUCACUUCUUACCCAAUGAAACAAAACUAAUUUCUCAACCAAACAAAGACAUAGCUACCAAAGAAAAGAGUAAUCUAGCAGUAGAGGAAGAUGAUGCAGAGGGAGAUUCUUUCUUUGAUGAUCCCAUACCAAAACCAGAACGAUCAUAUGGCUGGAAAAAUGACUCGAGCAAAGAAGGAAAUGUUGCAUCUCUUUCUGAUGCCCCACCCAUAAAGAGUGGUCUGAGUUCUUUGACGGGAGCACCUCCACUGAAGGAGUCUGACAACAAUGCAAACUCAAUUUUGAAAGAUGUAAAGAUGGUGAAUUCUAAACUGGCAUCACUUGAAUUAGGAGAUGAAGAUGAAUAUAUUGAUGACUUCAACAGUACCAGUCAUCGAUCAGAGAAAAGUGAAGCCAGCAUUGGUGAAGAAAUAGAUGAUAUUUCUGUGGAAUUAGAAGACUUCAAUAUUAGUGAUAAACUUGAAGACCUCACACAAGACUUCACCAUUUCUCAGUUAAGUGGUGACGCAGAUUACCUAGAGGAAGUUGCAUGAGUAGAGAACAGAAAUUUUAAAUUGUUGGAUUGAGGACCUUUGUAGACUAUAUAUUAAGACAAUCACACUGCUGAAAUAUUCCCUCCCCGAUUGUGCCUUGUGUUUCAAAGGAAAAACAACAACCAACAAACCUGGUGAGGGGGAAAGAUUUUUUAUACUUGCAAGGACUGAAAAACCCCAAUAAUUUUGGAGCAUAGUAUUGCUGUCUAAUUCAACUAAAUCUUUCAUGCAAGAUGUCGGAUAGUUCCCAGAAAGAUGUCCGUUGCAGGCGACAGACACACCAAGAUAACUGAUCUGUGAGAAUUAAUAAGGGAAGAAAUCCGCAAAGCAUAUGAAGAAUGGCAGACAUGCCUUAAUUUUAUGGUAACCAUCUCGUUUUUGCUGAAGAAACCAAGAAAACACAGUGUUUGAACUUGCUCUUCUGUUGACCCAAUUAUAAUGAUCAGUUGUCAAUUCAAUUUCUCUUUCUUACCUGUUGAAGUUACUUCAGUGGCCAGGGGAUAUGAGCCAAGAUCUUCAAAACUGACUUAUUAGGAUGCCUUACCUGAGGGCAUAUUAAAAGACACUAGUGUCUAAACUAAGAAUCCCCAUGGUUUCUAGAAAGCUGGUCCCUUGUUGUAACUUAGGUGCUUAGUUCUGCGUGGCGAAGAUUACUAGGUACUUCUGAAAACUGCAGCUGAAAUAUGAGCCUUAACUCUAAACUUAUUUUUAUAUAUUUAAACAUUUGUUACUCUAAGCUAGCCUUUUGUUUGUUAAUUUAAUGAAAGCUAUAAAUGGUUAUUUGCAUGAGUUUUUUCUUUGAAAUACAGCUUAAUACAGAAUAAAAACUUGCCAAGAGAGGCUGUUUAAA